AGGCAACUGACUACAUUUCCCAGCCUGCCUUGUUGUUGGAAGGAGGGAGUAGGACUGGGCUGUUCACUGCUGCAUAUCUUAGCAGGCUGCUGCUACAGGAAGAGAAAACAGCAUCCUUAACUCUUUCUCCAUCUACAACCCUCUUACUGCAGAGAGCAAACAUGCGGUCUUAUACCUCGUCUGCAACGGCACUCACCUGCACCUACCUUUACGCAUGAAAAGCCUUACAUCCACAUCCAACCGCCAUGCACUCAUUCAACCAAUUUGCUAGGGGGCAGUAUCAUGGGUAAUUAGUUGAUACUCUGUCUACCACUUACUGGGAGUUGAGUUUUAUAUUUCCAUUAUAUAGCAUCGCUCAAACCUACCAUUCGUCUGCUUCGUUCAUUUUGAAGUACUGGAGAUAUAUUGAGACCGGCAUGUACCAAAAGGCUUACAAGGAAACCUUUUUAUUUUAUGCUGUGGUGAAUUGUUUAAAGUCUACCAUGGAUUGACGAGAAACAUUGGAUUUUAUACCAGUUGGUUUAGAAGGAAUGUUGGCUUUUAUACCAUUGAUUUGUAUCAUUGGGCUAACUCGACAUGUUCUAAGCCUUAUGGGGAAAGUAAGCACUCUGAUUUUCCCAUAAUUGGAGAGUCAGUUUGAGUUCUUCUGUAGGCCUCUUGCUUUCUUUGGAAUACAUCGGAUUGACAGAUAAUCUUUUAGUGGGAAGGGUGAAGGCAAGACCGUUUUUAUGCAUCUUCCUUACCGGCUACCCAUCUUUAAUAUUCAUCCAUUAGUCACCCAGAGUCUGCAAUUGCAUUUAACUUACAGGGGAUCAUCCAUAAGCUUUAACUUCAUUCAUGAAAAACACCCAACAUUCAAUCAUCUGGAGUCCAUAAUUUCAUUCAUCCAAACUCUCCACAUUGUCUCCUAGAUUCCAGAGGAGGCCAAAUUCAUUCAACUUGGUCCAUCUGAAUGUCAUAACAUGGUUGGCAAGCCAUUACUUUAUGGGUUCAUUAAUAUUCUACAGAAAACUGCUCUGAGUCUUUAAUCCACAACUCAUUGCGAUUUACCCUUAACCUAAAAAACAUAAUUGACUUUUAAUGAAAAUGUAUCAAUGUCCAUUGAUCAAGGUCAGUAACAUUGGCUAAUUGCAGUUUCUCGUUGGAUAAAUCCCAGCUUGUUCGUCCUGAGGAAUGAAGGGUAGUGUGUGUGUGUGUGUGUGUGUGAGUGCAGUAUUCCUGGUGGGAUUUUAUGAGUGUAACACGGCUGGCUCCUAAGUGGAACUGGAGAUGCUGUAAGAAACGCUUUGCUGCAGGAUGAGUCCUCUUAGUGUCUCCAUUAUUGAAUACUGAUAAUUAUGGGAAGAUGGGCUCUUUUACCUAAUUCUACAUAAUGGAUAUGAAGAAAUUCGUCUGCUACAUACCCGAGGUAAUUCUUCUACCACAACAUUUUUGGAAUCUUUUAUUUUUUUAAUGGGAGGCCAUUGGGCAUGAGCUUGAAAUAGUGUCUUCAGGGGCGAGUCAUCGUUCAGCCUCCCCGUGUAAAUCUUUAAUCACGUCAAUGAGAGCUCAGUGCGUGGUUUGGAUAAUGAUUUCAUGACGUUUACAUGCACAUUUUUGGGUUAAUAUUUCUAUCGUUCUAUGUUCCAUUCCUAUGGGGACUUCAUGAUCUUGACGUAAGCAGGACUCUUUCAUAAUCCUGAAAUUGAUGUCUGUCUGUUAUUACCAAGUUACUGAUGCUGCAAGGUCUCCGCGUAAUACCCCCUGCUCUUUGGGGCUGGGUGUCUUUUCCUGAUGAAUACUAUCUCUGACACCCUGCUUUUGGACCAUCUACUCUCCUCUUUAGGCGUCAUGCCUUCACCUACAGAUUCCAGUUUUUCUCUGACUGGCCGCACCUCACGGAGCAUGUCCCAAGUCCGGCUACACAGAAGCUGGUCACAUGUCCUGCUGGUUUUGGGCUUUGUACAGGUAACGCUUGGAGUCCUGAUCAGUACUUUCAGUUUGGUGGCUGCAUCCAUCACACCAUCUAUGAAACUCAAGCACUCAUGCCCAUCCUGGGCUGGUUUUUCGUUGGCAGUGUCAGGGCUGAUCGGAUGCAUCUCAUGGAAGAGGCCAUUCACAAUGGUGAUCACACCAUUCACACUGGUGACAGCUUUGUGUGUCAUGCUUAGCCUUGCGGGCUCCAUAUUGUCGUGUCAGAACGCGCAGCUGGUGAAAUCAUUUGACGCAUGCAAGAAGGAGAAAAACUGGUGUGUUUGCUGCCACCUGCUGUCAGAAUAUCAAAUCCAAUCUUCUUGUAAUGAAGAUCUAGAAAAACUGACCAUGUACCCAAAUGCCGACUGUGGCAGUAUCCGCACCGCAUUGAAGGACCUCUUAUUCAGUGUUUGUGGCCUCACCAUCCUUUCAACCAUCAUCUGCACAUUGUCAGCUGUCAUCUGCUGCAUUCAGCUCUUCUCAUUGGAUGUGAUCCAUGUAUUGGCACCACAGAGAUCCACGUCUAUGAACCUGGAUUGUCUCUCACCCCAGGACACCAUACUACAAAGUAUGAUUGAGUGCGAGGAGUUUGUACCUCCUGUCCCACCACCACCAUACUAUCCACCCGAGUACACCUGCAGCUCAGAAACUGACGCUCAGAGUAUUACAUACAAUGGGUCUAUGGAUAGUCCAAUUCCUUUGUACCCCACAGACUUCCCACCUUCCUACGAGAGUGUCAUGGGUAUCCGGGAGGACAGUCAGGCCACAUUGUUUGAUCCUCAGGUGAAUGAGGUCUCCUGUCCUAGUUUGUCUGAGAGAAUCGACUCUACGGGUAACAGCUGCAAUGAGGACAGCAGUCCAUCAGAAGACUCGGUUUUGCUGGAGGUACAGGGAUCCAUGCGUUCCGUGGAUUAUGUUCUGUAUCGUUCCAUUCAGCGCAGUCGUGCAGAUUACUGUUUGAGUGUGGACUGUGACCAAUGCUUACAUCACCAGCAGAGCCCCACACUUGGCCUUCAGGGACCAUUUGAGGAGAUCACCACGCCUCGUGCGAAAGGAGGGCGUUCAUUUUCUUGUUCCACACCCAACGCUAAUGGUAACACUUUGCCCCCAGUGGGAAAUGUUAUCGCUCGUAGCUGUAACAGGCUGGAGACAGUUGGACGCACAUCUGGUCCCUGUUUUCCUGAACUGAGACUAAAGGGGAAAGUCCAAGGGACAGUACGGUGGAGCAGAGGAUCUGGGUGUUCCCUCCAUCACAACUCACCGUGCCAAAUCCCUGACUGUGCUCAUCGCAGGUACAGCGAAAAUACCCGACCAGCAGCACUGUGCACGAACAUAACUCCACGGCUUGUGAUUCGCUCCCACAGUGACCCUGGAAUCAGCUUUUCUUAUAAUACAGAUCUACAAGAAGCGGAUUAUGCCAAGACAAUGGAAGAUGACAUUUCUGUGUCCUCCAUCGAUGCAGGUCUCUGUUCUGAAGCUUGCUUGUACCAACAUGGUUUCCACCAGUCCCCUCGGUUACUACGCACAAGCUCAGCUGGGAAGAGUAGGUUCCAAGCAACACGAAGGGCGAUGCAAAGACUCUCUAAGAGUGGCGCUCUGUCUCUUGGAGACUUGAAGGGUGGGCGUAGUACCAGAGUCCUUGUGGCACGAUUCCUGCAUCGUUCUAGACAGAGCUUCAAGGAAGGAAUGGAACAGACCAAUCAAUAUCAUAAACCGGUUCUUAAGAGCCCAUUACCGUUUGAGCAUGAAAGACCUCAAGAACAGAUGUCCUUACAAAGUUGUGGAGAUCUCAGCACUACAUCAUCUCUCCGUCGCCUCCUUUCCACAAGUCGGAGGAGGCCCAGACGUCCACAGAGCCUCAAUGAUACAUUCAAAGAGAGUGCAGUUUGAACAAGGUUCCAUCCACAUAGCAAAGUGCCUCCACGCCAGGUCACACAGGGUUGCACAAGCCUGACUGGCACGGGAGGGUCUGUUUACCACAAUAAUUACUGCAAUGAGUAACCCCUGUACUUCACACAGGGAGGGACUAUGUACUCCAAAAACAAUUGCACUGAUGGACCCUCGUCUCUCGCAGUGGGUAGAGAUUGUUCACUCCAGUAAUUACUGCACUGGAGAUCCCCAAUAACUUAUAACGGUGAGAGGUAAAAUACUGUGUACCCCAAUAACUACAGCAGUGAGUGGCUAUAAUUACUCACACAGCAGAAAGGAAGUGCAUAUCUUAAUAAUCACAGCACCAAGGACUAUGUACCACAAUUAUUAAAAGAAACAAGUUACUAUCAACCAUCCCACAAAAUGCAGACACUUUACUAAGCCAUAUUCUCUAUGAAUUAUGUAGGAGCUGGAAAUUAAGUAGGGCCCUCUGGUCAUCUUCAAGUCAUCUCUCAUAUUUAUAUAAUUUUAAUGUUUAUUGUACAUUUUUUAAGUUCUCCUGGUUUUCAAAGAAUUCUUCAGUCCUUCAGCAUGUGCAGAUGACCAGCGGAUUAUAGCAACGUUCAAGAGAUGGGCAUUGGACCUUUAUCAAAGAUGCUGAUGAUGACUGAUGAACAUCUACAGUGUGGAGGGACUGUGUAACCCCAAAAUCUGGCCCACAAGAAGUAAGAAGAUGGAAGACCUUUCCUGCACCAAUCUUGUUGUGCGAUCUGUAUCACGAUUAUGCUUCGUUACAUAUUGCCCUUAUUGUUGGUUGAUGUUGCUUUGCAUGUUAAUUUAUUGCCUGCAGACAGGUAGAUUUUUAUGUGAUUAUGCAACUGUGCCCCCACCAAUGUGGU